AUGCGCUCGACACAACCCAGAACCGAAAACUCCCCCCCAAACGUUCCCGAAGACAAACUUCAAUACCCAAGCCGUCAACCUCGCAACGCACCCCGGAGCACACUGGCGCAGGCUGAUGCUGGGUUUGCACAGUUCCUGAAGGAACACACGUCCCCCAAACAUCACCGGGUCACGGCCGGAGGCAGAAUCGUGCCUAUGAAUCCAGAUACGCCUGUCCCGGAAUUCAAACCUCCGGCAAAGAAGACGAAGAAUGACGAUCCUAAGAAAGUGGCAGCACCGGCAGCGAGUGGAAAGGGCAGGAAAAGAAAUACUGCUAGCGGGACAAGCACGCACAGCUUCUCUGAAGGCUCCAACAUAAACUGUACCUCAGCUGAAGUCCCCCCUGUGACGCAGACCAUCUCUGGAACAGCAGCACUCUUCAAUGGUGUUGACGGCUCUGGAUCACAGCAGCCUCCUGCUCCGCAACACUCGACACAACACCCAGUCCCUACAUUGGCAUCUCCAUUCUAUCAGUCGCAGCCUCUGUCAUUUGCUUCGACCACUUACCCAUUUUUUCAACUGAACCAGGCGGGUCAAGAGUACAUUCCGCUGCCAACCAACCUCACUGUACCACAUCAAACUAGCACCGAUACACUUGCCUGGCUUCCAAGCAUGGCUCAGCCAUUCGUCGCCCAUAGGCAAAUCGCGCAGUCUCCUCCUCCACCAUUCAAUCCAUCUCUGGUUGGAAUAGGUCCACCUUUCCCAGCGGCGGCAAACCGAGGAGGUUUCAUUACCAAAGGAGGAACCACCGAUUCACCCUUCACUACAUCGUCGCCAUACCCAUUCGCAGCCAAUCCUGGAAGUUUUGCACCAUACAUGGCUAUUCCUCUUGCGUCCUAUCCGCUCCCUCUGUCAGGGUAUAUAUCGGAUCCGGCGACUCAGAGGUCCCUACAGGACGUGACGAAGGAACAUGAAAACCUUACGUCUCAGUUGGCAAACCUCGACAGAUACAUGGCUAUACACACUUUCGAGAUGGAUCCUAACACGAAGAAGAGUCUUGUUGAGCAACGAAAAGGACUCGUACGUGACCUGGAUGCAGCGCGGCGGUACAAGGAGCAUCUUGAGUCUAGUCUUAAGCAGCCGGGUACUGCCGUACCCGAUGCAGAGGCUGCGUCGAAUCUCAGAGUGCAACCUAACUUCCUCCAAUCUUACCCGGGAGACGCCGCAAAUAAUUUUGGCAUGGCAGCGGCCGCUUGGGUGCCUCCUAUGAUGGCAAAUAAUACCCAGUUAGGUUGGACUCCGAAUCCUCUGGGUGACUUUCAGAUGUCCAGCGUACCCUUCGGCCUCGAGGCAUUCAACAACAAGGCACCUCUGCAAUUCCCAACGCUGGGAUCUCUUCCUUCAAUACCAGGUUCUGGGGCCUGGGGUGAAUACCAACCCAACGUGAACAUCUCAUACGGUGAUCAGAUGGAGAAACAGGACUGCCCUGCGACCAUGGAUCAAGUCGGCGACAAACAGGAUAUGGCAUCGUGCAGUAAUCCUCAGGCAAGCCAAGGAACAGAUGCCAGAGCUCAAAACGACGGAUGGACGAGUUCCACGCGUUCUGCUCCUUCCGAGAUUAGCCGGAUCUAUUGUAAGAUUGAGGAAGCUGCUAAACGAGGAGAGUCCUUCGAAGGGCUCCUUAAGGAGCUUGCGAAGAUCACAGAACAGUUUAUUUCCCAACGCCACACUAGAUGUUGUUCCUCGGCGAACGGAGAACGGCUUCGGUUGUCUUCAAAGCCCAGCAAGAAAGACUCGGUGGGUGUUGGCCCCUCGCAAUGUUCGGCAGAUGAACAUAAGAAUGAAGAGCGUGAUCCGUCCAUCGAAAUCAUUGUGACCAGAGCAGAUGACGCAACAAAGACGCGGUCGUGCAGAACAGGAACCGGAAUUCGCACAUGUGAGAGCGUACGUUGCCAUAUGUCUGAUGAGGAGGAGGACGGAUGUUCGUGUUGUUCUGAUGUGUCCGCGGCUGAUUCGUGGGCCACUACCGAAGAAAGAGACGAGCCGGGAAUCGAGGAGAAUGGCAAGGAGAAAGAAGCGAUUGUUGCCAAAGAGAUCGAAAAUACCAAAAACGGAAAUGCCGUAACCAACAUUGACAAUACGGCUGAAUGGAUCCGCAGGGUGAACGAGAUGGCACCGACUCGACACAAACAUAGCCAGUCUUCGAGACCAAAUAAUCUCAGCGAGUUGUCAAUCAACAAGGAGCCUUCGGGCGAGAUUCGACGAACCAAGUCCAUGGUCUUUACCCCGUGGAAGUCCAAGGAAGAUCAAGAGGUACCCGCGGUCAAGGGAUGCUCUCCUGUGAUCUCUCGGGUCAACGCGCACGGGUUCCUCCCUUCAUUCGACGGAGCUGGCGACAUGCCCAGCUCAGGAGGGCCAAAUCAUAGCUCCUUCACCUUCCCCGGCCUCAGAAGCAGUGAAGGGCCUCAGACGAUGAGCAGAAAUCCAGGCCAACAGAGCCGGCCAUGGUAUGUGAAGGAGCCACGUGAGAAACCGAACCCGGUCGAGAUUCGUCGAUUUUUCCGACAGCUUGCAGAGGAAGAACGGGAGAUGAUUCACAAAUAUCGUAUUCAAGAUCAUGGUGAAGCAUGA